CUUUAGCAAGCGCCUCAGAGGGGUAUUAGUACCGCCUCGAUUCCUAACUUCUCCCUUCAGUCUCAAGAUCGGACUUCCCCUCUCAACUGCCCCCUUUCAAAUGUGUCCAGUUCCUGUUCCACCAUGAAACACCGACAGCAGACACUCGCCAAAACGGCAAAGCCAAUUCGGCGGCGAAGAGAUCGUGCUCACCAUCCUUGUCCCGUUGAUCUCCCUGAACCUAGCUUUUUCCCGCCCCGACGAUGUUCCUUACUUUCGCUGAGAAAAUCGCCUCGACACAUCCGACCUAGCAUCCAGGACGUCCAACGUAAUGGCCUACCUCUUUGUGAGGUCGCUUUGUUUCAAAAUGCAGCUAUUCCGAGUCCUUUGGCUGCGAAGCCAGAGAGAGAUACUCAUCUCCAGUUAAAGGUUGCUUCGCGCACUUCAUCUCUCAGAUCACCCGCCGCGUCAGCACGUUCAAUCCGGUCGAGGUCUACUAAAGCCAGUCUCAAGGAUACCUAUGAAGCCCGCACGUGGCGUAACAGGCUGAGGCGACAUUCGAAGUCACCAAGAUUACAUGAGCCAACUCCAUGCUGCACAUCAUGCUUCAUCAAAGAGACUCCAAUGUGGCGAGAAGGCCCUUUCGGGUCUCAUACUCUCUGCAACGUCUGCGGUCUUCUCUAUGCCAAACGCGAAGCUCGAAGCCGAUCAUUUCGUCGUCAAAGAGACAUCGCGCGAAUGUCGCAAUAUUCUUAAAUCUUGAACCGUGUUCAUGUUCCCGCCAUGCAUGAGCAUGAGUUUAGCACGGCUUAAACUUUUUUUCUAACGUCAAGUGUGAUAUCUUUUUAAUGUUUCGUUUUCUUCAACUUGAUCUCGACGUUAUACAUGCCACCGGGAUCUGUGAGUGAUGAGGCAUGGUUUCUAUACCCCGGCGCAGGAUUGGGAAGGCAUUUUGUGAGACUCGGCUGGCUACUGAAGUUUUGUGUCAAAAUGGCGUUCUCGGUUAUUUGUUAUCAUAUUGGAUUUAGCGCAGAUACCUCAGUCACAGUUAUGAAUUGGAAUUGAACUUUUAUUCGUACAACAUCUACAGCCGACUUGGAUCAAACGAAUGGCGGUCGGAAAACUGC